UUGCCAACUCAUGUUUUUUCCCGCUAGCAAAAGGACACAUCGCACAUGCUCUGUUUUGAUGCAUACAUUUCCAUUUCUCUAUUUAACACUUGUUACCAAAUUCUCGCUACAUCCGCCUUCUUUUUUCUCUCUCCAUCCAACAUCGAAACGAGGUCGUUUUGUGUUCCGCCGAAGGCACCGGAGGUUGUAGCAGGCUAGCAGCUAUGGAUUUGGCAUCCAAUCUCGGUGGCAAGAUUGACAAAGCCGAAGUUCUCUCUGCCGUUCAGAAGUAUGAGAAGUAUCAUGUUUGCUAUGGAGGUCAAGAGGAAGAGAGGAAAGCUAAUUAUACCGAUAUGGUUAAUAAAUACUACGAUCUUGUUACCAGCUUUUAUGAGUUUGGCUGGGGGGAAUCUUUCCAUUUUGCACCCAGAUGGAAAGGGGAAUCUCUUCGAGAGAGCAUCAAGCGACAUGAACACUUCCUUCCUUUACAACUUGGACUGAAGCCAGGGCAGAAGGUUUUGGAUGUUGGAUGUGGAAUUGGGGGACCAUUAAGAGAAAUUUCUCGAUUUAGCUCAACUUCAAUUACCGGGUUGAAUAACAAUGAGUACCAGAUAACAAGAGGAAAGGAACUCAAUCGCAUUGCUGGAGUGGACAAGACUUGCAAUUUUGUCAAGGCUGACUUCAUGAAAAUGCCAUUCCCAGACAACAGUUUUGAUGCAGUGUAUGCGAUUGAAGCCACUUGCCAUGCACCGGAUGCUUAUGGAUGCUAUAAAGAGAUUUUUAGAGUGUUAAAGCCUGGUCAAUAUUUUGCUGCUUAUGAAUGGUGCAUGACCGAUUCUUUUGAUCCCCAAAACCCAGAGCACCAAAAAAUCAAGGCAGAAAUUGAGAUUGGUGAUGGGCUACCUGACAUUCGAUUGACUGCUAAGUGUCUUGAAGCUCUGAAGCAAGCAGGUUUUGAGGUAAUAUGGGAGAAAGAUCUAGCAGUGGACUCUCCUCUUCCUUGGUAUUUGCCUUUAGACAAAAGUCACUUCUCACUGAGUAGCUUCCGUCUAACUGCUGUCGGGCGACUUUUCACCAAAAACAUGGUCAAGGUUCUGGAGUAUGUUGGACUGGCUCCAAAGGGUAGUCUAAGGGUUCAAGACUUCCUGGAGAAGGCUGCAGAGGGACUAGUUGAAGGAGGGAAGAGAGAGAUUUUCACACCAAUGUACUUCUUCCUGGCACGGAAGCCUGAUUUAGACAGGAACUAAGCUGGCUGUACAAAUAGGUUGCUGUUUUCAUCAGUUACGGUGAUUCUGGUAGGGUGAACCGUAAGCUAGGAUUGUUUUUGGCCUUGUUGCCUUAGUGAUUCUUGCUGUUUCUUUGUUUUGUUUAGGUUACCAACACUUCAUUUUGCUGCUUGUUUCGAUGAAGCAGUGCUCCUCCAUAUUUUGUUUACCCUACAUAUUAUAUGCUCUUUUACUUUGUUUAAAAGGAUUUGCAGUUUUUGUCUUUGGUA